GCUUAUAUGAAUCCAAUAGCCAUGGCCAGAUCUCGAGGUCCUGCUCAGUCUGCAGGGCCAACAAUACAGGAUUAUCUGAAUCGGCCAAGGCCCACAUGAAGUGAAAGAACAGCUAGAAAAGAAGAAGAAAGGCUCCAAGGCAUUGGCUGAAUUUGAAGAAAAAAUGAAUGAGAACUGGAAAAAGGAAUUAGAGAAGCACAGAGAGAAAUUGUUGGGGGGAAGCGAGAGUUCGUCAAAGAAAAGAGAGAGAAAGAAAAAGGAAAAGAAGAAAUCUGGUAGGUCUUCAUCCUCUUCUUCAUCAAGCUCUGAUUCUUCCAGCAGUUCUUCAGAUUCAGAAGAUGAGGAUAAGAAACAAGGGAAAAAAAGAAGAAAAAAGAAAUACCGUUCACAUAGAUCUUCAGAAUGCUCCAUAUCAGAAUCUGAAUCAGAUAGUAAGGACAGCAUUAAGAAAAAAAAGAAGUCUAAAGAUGAACAUGAGAGAGAAAAGGAUAUCAAAAGUCUGAGCAAGAAAAGAAAGAAGAUAAAUUCUGAAGAUAAACCUGUAUCAUCUGAAUCUUUAUCAGAACCAGAUUGUAUAGAAGAGGCACAAGCAAAGAAAAAGAAAAACAGUGAGGAGCGAGAAAAGACCACAGCAAGAAAAGACAAAAAAGAAAAAGAAGCACAAGAAACAUGGCAAGAAGAAGAAAAAGAAGGCUACUGGAUCAGGUCCAGAGUCAGCAUAACCCUCGGACCCCUGACAUCUCCCUGCCAGAAAGUGCAAUGUGUAAAGGAAACUUCAACUGUGAAAGUUACGGCUUCUGCUACCCAAAUGCAUGAGUGCUCCUGUGUUUUUAGAACCUGAAGCCGCGGGCCGGAAGAGGCCAUGAUUGUUGCCUGCUGCUUAUUACAUGGGGUACAUUCACCUUCUUUUUUUUGGUUUUAUUUUUCUUCCCAGUAUUUUUAGAUCUGGGAGGUGAUACACUAGAGUCCAACUGGUAUUUGAGAUAUUUGGAAAUAAAGUAAAAUCUUUUAGAUAAUGAAUAUUUUUAACAGGAAGUAUCUAAUUUUAAAUCAGUAAACAUAAAACUUAAAUGCAUCUUUAGGAUGUGUUUAAAGUGACAAAUCAGAGAUACCCAGAUGACUACAGUUGGCCUCUUUGAAACAAGGGCAUGACAUUAAUGCCCUCAAAAUCUUUACUUUUGUAGGUAUUAUUUUUCUUCCCUUAAUUUUUUUGUUUACCUGGGGUGGGGAAGGGAGCGGGGAGGGCGUCGAUAUUAUUUUAGCUAGCUGAAUAGUGUGCCUUUUGAUCCUUGCACAUCCUAUCUAUUUCGGUCAGGACAGACACUGUGCUUCCUAGGGAGGCCAAGAGCUGGUCGGCAGCAGUCUGUCCUUUUGCUGAACUUAGUAAAUGAGGCAUUCUGGAGCUCUGCUGUCUGCCAGCUACUUCAGGUAGUAAAGAAAGACAGCACUUGCAGCAUGAGAGAGCUCCAAAACCUAGGAAACUUACCUCCACUUCAAUCUUUUGAAUAUUUUUAGCAGUAGAGUGUUACAUAAUUUGAAUUAAUUUUGGUUACACUUUGGAGGGAAUCAUUUCAUAGAGACACUGGUUUGUUUUUUUUGUUUUGGUUUUUUUGGUUUUUUUUUUUUUUUUUUUUUUUUUGGUAUAGAUAGCUAAAAUAUUCUGAAAUAUUUUGCAUGUUUUAUACUAUUUUAAGUUUUAACUAGCCAGGGAAAUUUUAUUGUAACCAGUGACCAUUAUUUUUUGUAUGAAUUAUGUUCCAGCUGCAUUGUUUCAAGUGUGUAAUUCCUUAUUCUUACUAUAAUAAGUUCAUUAACUGUGUUUAAUUGCACACUUGCAGAAAAUAUUUAGCAUGUAAAAAGCAGGUUUUUGAUAUUUUACGGCUUCAUAUUGAAGCUGAUUUGCUAUGAGCAAGUUAAGUGGCAGGCCUAGUAUGCUAUAUGUCUUGUUACAUAAAACUACUGCCAGAAUCUCAGUAAAUUUACCGUUCAAAAA